AUGGCGCCACAUAGCGUCAUUAAAAUUGUCCCCGAGCCUACUUUUAGGAAAAGGAAGCUUCCGCCCGGUAUCAGCCGCGAGGAUUCGGACGACGAGCUGGGCAGCGAUGAUAUACCCUGGGAAUGGAUUUACAACGUCGAGGACCGGGAGCGAGCGAACCAUGAUGCACAAAACGACCGAAAGAGGCGAAAAGUCUCGGGGACCAAAAUUGUUGGAGCUCGAAUGGGCAAAUUUGAAUGUCAGAUAGGUGACACGGUCUUGCUGAAAGCUGAUGGCUCCAAUGAGGCUUGGGUAGGAAUCAUUUGCGAGUUUGUAGAGGACGACGGGGAAGGGGACAAGGCCGCCAACUUUAUGUGGUUUUCAACAGAGAAGGAAAUUCGCAACAGGGAUAAAAAGCGAACCGAUUUCUAUCAGAACGAGCUUUACAUAUCCCCGUCGUGGGAUAUCAAUCCCCUGGCAUCAAUCAAUGGAAAGGCAAAAGUUAUGUCACUGGAAGCCUUCCUGUCAAAAUACCCUGCCGGAAGAGUACCCCGUCAGUCGAAAGACUAUGGGAAGACGUUUGUUUGUCGUCGAGGUUGCAACACGAGAACGGCAACUUACACGGAAGAGUUCAUUUGGGAAGAGAUGUAUUCGAGUGCUGGUGACAUUUUCAAAUUGAUAGACUUUGUCGAGAAGAACACAAAGGCAGUUCGGGGUCGACGGAAAGCUCGCGAGCAAUCGUCACAAGACACAGCAUAUAUGCCUCCACAAACCCCUACUAAAGGUUCCCGAUCUGUUGUCACGACACCGCAGUCCAAACGUGGUCAUGCAGAGCCAGGGUCUCGCUCACAAAAGAGGUACACACCACUGCCUUUCUUUCCCCUGGUCCUAUCGACACUAAUUAGUACCGUUAGGGGACUUGGAAAGAAGCUCGAGUUCACACCACUAGCAAUGAGAAAGCUCUCUCCCAGCGCUGUUCAGUCUUCGCCAUUCCAAAUAGCACGCUCCCGCCUUCACGUUUCCUCUAUCCCAACAAGCCUGCCUUGUCGAGAAGGCGAGUUCUCCCUCGUCUAUUCGCACCUUGAAGCAGCGAUUACAGAGGGUAGCGGAAAUUGCAUUUACAUCUCGGGCACCCCCGGCACAGGCAAGACAGCUACAGUUCGCGAGGUCAUAUCUCGACUGGAGGAUGCAGUUGGGUCGGACGAAUUAGAUGACUUCAUCUUCGUGGAGAUCAAUGGCAUGAAGAUCACUGACCCCCAUCAGUCGUAUUCUCUCCUCUGGGAAGCAUUACGAGGACAACGAGCAAGCCCAUCGCAAGCACUUGAUCUGCUAGAGAGAGAGUUCAAUAAUCCCAGCCCACGACGUGUUCCCUGCGUAGUGUUGAUGGACGAGCUGGAUCAGCUGGUGACGAAAAAUCAGGCCGUCAUGUACAACUUCUUCAACUGGCCGACUUUACGGCAUAGUCGUCUUAUUGUUCUGGCCGUUGCGAACACCAUGGAUCUUCCAGAAAGAACACUCAGUAACAAGAUCAGCAGUCGUCUAGGUCUUACUCGUAUCACAUUUCCAGGUUAUACCCACGAGCAGCUUAUGAAGAUUAUACAGUCCCGGUUGGAAGGUGUUCCCGGAAACGUCGUGGACGCAGACGCUGUUCAAUUUGCAAGCAGAAAGGUAGCCGCCGUGAGUGGCGAUGCCAGGAGAGCCCUGGAUAUCUGCCGCCGAGCCGUGGAAAUUGCAGAAGGCGAUGCGCAGGGUGACCCGAUGACGCCGAGCAAAAACGGCACACAAGACUUGACUCGCCGUGGAAAGGUCACCAUCGCGACUAUCAAGAAGGCCAUAAACGAAGCGACGACAAGCCCAGUGCAACAACACCUGAGAGGACUUCCAUUGAUGUCCAAACUCGUCAUGGCGGCUGUACUUCUCAGGAUUCGAAGAACAGGUUUGGUAGAGUCAACUUUUGGCGAGAUCUUGGACGAAUUGCAAAAAGCAACAGCUCAUUCAUCGCCCGCACUUCCCGGCAUGGCACAAAUUCUAGACAGCGGCCUUCAGGGGACGCCAGGUGUGGCCCAACGACGUCAAGGGAGGCCAAGCUACGUCCACACAGCUGCGCUGGAUCUUGUUGCAGCAGGACUCCUAAAUUUGGAAGCCCAUCGAGCCGAACGUUCUAGUAAGCUGCGCCUGGCUAUUGCCGAUGACGAGGUCAAGAUGGCACUUCGGGACGAUGGAGAACUGAAAGCCAUGGGACUCGGUGUAUAG